AAAGGCGCGCACAGCACGGCGCGCGUAUCAGUGCCGGCGCGUCGGCAAAUAACCUCAUUCUGCAUACUGCCUGUUAUUUAGAAGGUCUUCUUCUAUUCUACCGUACGUGGGGUUUGAGUGGGUAAUACCAGCAGUAGUGAGACCCACGUAGAGCUCAAGUACACCGCCAUGGCUGCGCUGUCGGGAGGAGAGAUGUGCAUCAAAUACCUGAUGUUUGCCUUCAACCUGGUGUUCUGGCUCGCAGGCACUGCAGUCUUUGCUAUCGGCCUGUGGCUACGAUUAGACCCAAAGACAAAAGGCCUGUUUGAAGGAGCAGACUCUCCAUAUGUGUUUUACACAGGUGUAUAUAUCCUGAUAGGAGCUGGAGCACUGAUGAUGGUGGUGGGUUUUCUGGGAUGUUGUGGGGCCAUCCAGGAGUCUCCUUGUAUGCUGGGACUGUUUUUCUUCUUCCUGCUUAUAAUAUUUGCCAUUGAGGUUGCGGCUGGAAUCUGGGUAUUUUCCAACCAAAGCAAGGUGGUGAAUGACAUCACAGCGUUCUACAUGCAGACCUACAACAACUUCAAGACGUUAGGAGACGAGCGCCUCAAAGAGACUCUGAGGGUGAUUCAAACCGGGCUGAACUGUUGCGGGCCAACUGGUACUGUAAUCGAUACUGCCAAAGACACGUGUCCCCGGGGAGAGCCACUUGAGGUGCUCAUUACUAAGAGCUGCCCCGACGCCAUUGAUGAGGUGUUUGACUCCAAGCUACACAUCAUAGGAGGAGUGGGCAUCACCAUCGGUGUAGUUAUGGUGUUUGGCAUGAUCUUUAGCAUGCUCCUGUGCUGCGCCAUCAGGAAGUCUCGGGAGGUGGUGUGACACCCACCACCACAUCCUGGAGUCUUUUGUUAAUGUUGCAUGAUGUCAUUCGAGUCACAUGACUCUCCACUGCCAAUAGAAACACUGCUUGUUCAAGGGGGGGGAUAAUCUAAGCUAGGCUGGAUGCAGAUAUUUCUGGUUAUUACAUAAUACAUCAGUUGUAACUGCGCUGCUGACACUUAGGCCCACUUUCCUGGACUAGAUAGAUGCGAUGUGGUUAUUAGGCCCAACUAUAGAAUGGGUGUCAUCUGUGCUUCAGUACAGAAAUGUGUGAUUUUGUGGUCAUUUGAUUGAAAUUAGUGUUUGUGGACUGCUAAUUAUCUAAACAAAAGAUCAUAUUAUUGUAUACUGAUCACAUUUCUAUUGCUAUCACUUGGGGUCACCCACCCGCCAGAAGAGUCACGGAUCAGGGCCAUAAAAAAGGCAACCACCACCACCACUUCAGCACAAUACAGCAGCAGCCAAUGGAAAUCUACAGUCCUUUUUCUUACAACACAAAUCAAACCAUGGUGACUAGUAGCCAAUUCAAUGCCGAGUUGUGAACUGCGGUGACUGUGGUUUCUUCCAACUUGGUAUUAGAGUAGCAUCACGGUUACUUCAUUGUGACAUGUCCUUCCUUUACUUUCUUUCUCCAUCUCUUCUGUCUAAAAACGCCUUUAAUUUUCUGUCACAUUUUGUAAAUGUCUUCUUUUUUUAUUUAGUAAAAGAUUUAUACACUUAGGUGGUUGUAUGGUAAAUGUGGUUUGAUGAUGUAUUUUAUAAUGUUCUUUUCAUUUUACAGAGAUUGAUUUAUACCAUAUGCACUAUGUUUCACAGAGACAAAAAUUAAUGAGAACCAAAUAAACCAAAUUGUACUGAC